AUGGCCAUACUGGUAAUUUGUUGUGUUGCACUUGCAGCCUGUGCAUCAAACUUCCCGCGAUAUGCCUCUGAUUUCAGCUUAAUCGUGCCUAAUGGAAGCUAUGCCAUUACCGCAAGUCACUGCGUUCAAUGCAGCUGUGGGCCGGGAAAUCUCAAGUUGUACUGCAUGCCUGCUUCAUUAGCGGUUUCCUGUUCGAGCAUGCAAUGUAAAAAUAGCAACCUGAUGGUUGGUAAUUACACGGCACAGCAGAGUAGUGCUGGUUGCAACGUCACUUCUUGUAAUUAUGGUGGUUUCGUGAACGGCUCCAUUGUCACAACGCUGUCUACAUCUCUUCAACCUCGCUGCCCAGGGGCACAACAGUUUCCUCCGCUUAUAGCACCACCUACUUCGGUAAUUAGGGACUCGAUGUUUGCACCAUCACCUGCACCUCAGUCGGAUGGUCUCAGAACAUUGGCACCAAGAUCCUCGUUGGUGCCUUCGACGACCGGAUCCCUUCCAGGAUUGGCGCCCGUCGGUGGACCCCUGGGAAGUGCUUCCGAUGCUUGCUCCUUGGUGAAUUCUUUAGCCACUUUCCCAAUUGCAUCCUUGUUAUUUUUCUUUUUCAAGUUCGUAUUUGCCAUCUUGUAAUAGUUUUGCUCAUCAGCUAUACUUAGAAGAAGAUGAGGUUUUGUCCUGUGUACGCGGUUGCUUCAUUUCAUGUCAGGUGGUUCUUUUUGUUGUAUUUAACCUUCUAUUUGUUUUCAACUAUAGAACUGAACUUUCGAAUAUCGAAAAGAAUCGGGAUUUCGGGCAAUUACUAUUUUCCUUUAGUGGUUAACUGCUGGAUAAAA